GGGGUUAAAGCUUCCAGUGUGUGUUUGUGUGUGAAUCGCUGCUUCGCAGAAUGGAGGUCACCAGACAGAAUUUUAAGGAGGUUCUUCCAGAGGUGUGUAGCGCUGUGCAGGAGGCGGAUUUCAUCUCCAUAGACGGAGAAUUCACAGGAAUCAGUGAUGGCCCGUCAGUGAGUGCUCUGACCAAUGGACUGGACACACCAGAGGAGAGAUACACUAAACUGAGGAAGCACUCCAUGAACUUCCUGCUCUUCCAGUUUGGCGUCUGCACCUUCAGAUACGACCAGAAUCAGUCCACGUACGUCACUAAAGCCUUCAACUUCUACAUCUUCCCCAAACCCUUUUUCAGCCGCACGUCUCCGGACAUCAAGUUCAUCUGUCAGAGCUCCAGCAUUGAUUUCCUGGCCAGCCAGGGCUUCGACUUCCAACAAGGUCCUUCCGCAGCGGUCAGGAUCCCGUACCUGACCCAGGAGGAGGAGUCUCAGCUGAGGGAGCAGUAUGAGGAGAGGCGGAGCCAGAUCAAUGGGGCGGGGCCAGUCUCGCAGAAGGUUGAAGCUCUUCUGAAGAACUCCGAUCAGACUCUGGAUCUGGAGCCCUGCACCGGUUCUGAAUAUCACGUGUGUUUCAGCUUUCAGAGGAAGCUCAUCUAUCAGACGCUCAACUCAAAGUAUUCACUAAAGGUCUUCACGAUGGAGACGCUGGAGACAGAGAAGAAGGAGCGGUUCAUUCAGAUCAGUAAGGUGGAUGAAGAGGAGAGGAGGAGGAGGGAGCAGCAGAAGCAGCAGAGGGAGCAGGAGGAGCUGAAUGAUGCUGUGGGGCUUCUCCAGGCGUUAUCAGAGCCAUCUCCCCUAAAUCUGCCACGACUUCCACAAACCAAUGUGUGCACUGACUCAUGCUCUCUGUGUGUCUGUGUGUGUGUGUGUUUCAGGCUGUUAGACACCAAGCUGAUGGCAUCCACGCAGCCCUUCAAGGAGAUCAUCAGCAACACAUCACUGGCUGAAAAAACGCACAAACAGCUGAGAGAGACCCCCUUCAGAUCACCCACCACCGAGUGUCCUGAAGGCCUUCAAAGUUACGACACGUCCACAGAGCAGCUUCAUGAAGCCGGUUAUGACGCCUUCAUCACUGGACUGUGCUUCAUCUCCAUGGCAAACUAUCUGGGGUCUUUUCUCACGCCUCCAAAGAGUCACAUCUCUGCUCGCUCCAAACUCCUCGAACCCUUCUACAACAAAUUAUUCCUGAUGAGGGUGAUUGACAUUCCCUACCUGAACAUGAGUGGACCUGACCUGCAGCCCAAGAGGGAUCACGUCCUGUACGUCACGUUCCCUAAAGAGUGGAAGACCAGCGACCUGUACCAGCUCUUCAGCGCCUUCGGGAACAUCCAGGUGUCAUGGGUCGACGACACUUCAGCGUUCGUGUGUCUCAGUUCAGACGGAGCAGCCAUGAACACCAGCCGCUACGCCGAGAGCUACCGCAUCCAGACCUACGCCGAGUACCUGCAGUCCAGACAGAAGAGCACACACACCAGCAGGAGGUGGACCAACGACGGCUGGGACGCUUCCUACAGCGCCUCGGGCUCCAGCCGGCUGCAGGCGGUCAAGAGGAGCAUCAGUCCGUCCCUAGAGGAGCAGAAUCACAACGCUGACAGCAGCUGGACACACUACAGCAGCGUCAAGAAGAUGAAGACCGACGAAAGCUGCUCACAGACGUACGCUGAGGUCGCUGGCUCCUGUGAUUGGCCCAGACUGCAGCCUGAUGAAGGCGGAGCCUCUGUGAGUCCAGUGCAGGAGGAGGCGGAGCCUGAGGAGUCCUCAGCCAAUCAGAGUCAAGGUAAAAGGAGCCGCAGACACAAGAAGAGGAAGUCAGAUGCUUCUGAAACGACACCACCGGCUCUCUUCGACGUUCCUCAGGUUUGGUAGGGAAGGCUCGGCAGCCAAUCGGAAGCCUCUCUCCAUCCGUGUGUAAUCGACAGCCAAUCGGAAGACUGCAGUUAUCUCCUGACACCCAGCGUGUGUCGUCUGUGACUUCCUGUGACCUCUCCUCGCGUGGCCCAAGUUCAGUGCGUUUUAAAGGUACUGAGCCAUUUCCUGUCCGAAUACGAGUGUGUAUGAGUGCGUCCUGUAGUAUUUUAACGUGGUUUCCAACAGCGCUCCCUCAUUUUAGUCUCGAUGUGUCCUGCAGGUUUAUUUAUUCCUCAUGAGGGUUUGUUUAGUUUAACAGUGAGAAGAA